UACUGUGCUCAUAACAACUUGAUAACUUUACCAUAUUAUGUUUCAAUUUUACGAUUAGACAAUUUUUCCAAAGGUACCAUCUCAUGUACCUUGCAAUAGUUCUAUACUUGAUUUUAUUUUGGGGACGCAUUUUGUGGUUGGUGAAAUAUUGUUUUGGUAACUAAAAAUUUGAUUGAUAAAAAUAAUACUUUGGGAUGGAAAGAUUGAUUUAAUUAUGAUAGCCCACUUCCCAAUAGAACAAAAUUUGAAAAUAUUGAUUCAUCUUUUACUUGAUUUUUCAUAAAGAAAUUUCCAUUUACCCCCACCCCUUUACAAAAUAUAAUUGGUUUUUAUUUUUCCACAUAUUGACAUUAUCCCUGAUUCCAGUUCUCAUUAAUAUUUUAGUAGGAAAUACCCCCAAAAUACCAUGAAAACUUAUAUAAAACAUUCUUUAAAGAAUAUGUAAUGUUGAAACAACAGGUAAUACUUCAGAAAUGGAUUAUAUGUAUAAUUUGGAGGAAAAAUUUGAGAUGGCCCCUAAUUAUUCAUUAUACUGAUAAUACGACAUUAUAAAAUAAAAUAUAAACUAUGUAACUAGAGGAUGUAUAUAAUGGUGUACGAAAUCAAUAUGUGUUAUAUCAAUCAAGCUAAUGUGUAUGUUUAGUAUAAUGGUGAUCAGAUCACCUGAUCACAUGGAUUUGUACUAAUAACCACUAUAUUUUACAUUAGUCCCUAGCAACAAACAGUGUGAUACGAAACAUGGCGGAAUCAACUGAAGGAUCCAAUUCGGAAAAAGGUCCCAUGACCUACAAAUUGAUUUUUAUUGACUUUUUAAAAACAACUUCCAUAAGAGGUCCUCCGAGGAUUAUUCGAACAAAGCACAAACUCUGGCGAUUGCUUUACAGUUUUAUUUUCAUGUUUGUAUUGGGAACUAAUUGCUUCUGUAUUUGGACAACUAUAGGUGACUAUUUGGCAUAUCCUGUCAUUUCUCAGAGUUACAUCAUUCAUAGUGAUAUGGUCAGUGAUAGGGUGGAACAUUUUCCCGAUAUUACCGUAUGUGACAUUAAUGCACCACAACCGCAAUAUGCUCACCCGAACGGAUCUUUGACAGAGCUUGGAAUCGAGGCGGAGGUUUUUCUUAGAAUGAUUUUGACAAACAUUGACCAAAUAUUAGGAGGUGAACCAGAGAAGGACUUGAAUAAAUUAAACAUGUAUGAACUUGAUUUGUUAAGAAUUCAGAAAAAGGAGCAAUUUCUAAUUGAGAACAACACACAAGGAUUGGAAUUGAUGGAAAUGUUUUACUCAACUAGAGGCUAUUUACAACAAUACACAAGAUCCCAACGUUAUCAAAUUGGACACAGAAAGGAGGAUUUUAUUGUUGACUGUAAAAGCUUAGACUGGUAUGUAUCAGAUCAGGAGACAUGUAAUAUGACAAGGAUUCUCCUCCACCAGGACCUUGGCUUUCCAAAUCUGAACUGCUACACAAUCCAGCUUCAAACCCAGCCAUUUGAUAUGGUAAAAACUAAUGGAGUGUCCUUGGUGCUCUUUUUGGGACCGCCUGGGGACUUCUUACCCGAGGAUCCACCUUCUCCCGUGCCACUUGAUUCAGGCGCUGUUGUGUACCUACACGAGCACAACACAAUGCCUUUUCAGCAGACCAGUUUCAAUAUCCCCGCAGGAUUCAAAACCACUGUCCAUUUGGAUGUAUCGAAAGUAAUGAAGUUAAAAAACCCCUAUAGCACUUGUAGUGACUCCAUUGAACUAUUGUUUAAGAAUUUAGAUGGCGAUCCUUAUAAAUACACACGGGAUGCAUGUCUUGCAGAGAACAUGCAAAAAUGCAUGAUAAAAAAUUGUAAAUGCAUCAUUGAUGAGGUACCCGCUAUUGAAAAUGUUUCAUAUUGUUUGAAAACUCAGUCAGAUUCGAACAUAGUAAAAGAAAAUAUAAAAUGCAUGAAGAGGAUGAAAUCCCCAAAACACAUCGCAAAUUGUGCAUUAGGUGAAAUCUGCCUUGAUCCAUGUGAAAAAUACAUUUAUAAGCCACGAUUAAGCCACACUGAAUGGCCCCAAGAGAACAAACAACUUCCUGUGUAUAAUGAAUUCAUUCGUGGCGGCCCCCACCAGGUGGUAUAUCAUGAAUAUGAAGCCCUUCUUUAUGAAAACUCACCGAAUAUGACAUCAUCUGAAAGAAUGAACGCUUUGAAACAACUGAAUCUCAUAAAGGAAUCAUUUAUCAAAUUGGAUGUGGUUCUGAACUCUAAAGAUAUUGUGGCAUUCUCAGACAAACCUUUCUAUACAGGGUUAAGUGUAUUAAGCGUCAUUGCAUCUUCAUUGAUAUUUUGGAUAGGGUUUACAUUUUUCUCAUUGAUCGAGAUAUUAGAGUGUUUGUUUCACAUGGUACUGAGUUGCGUAUCGCAAGGUAACAAGAAACCAAGUAGUGUCCAUUAAAAGCCUAAUGAAUAAUACAAUUGAUUGUCAUGGAGCUUGUGUUAUUAUGUUUAAACAAUUCCAUGGAAACAAGAUAUCAAGAACUUGUCAUAUAGGCAAUUCUAUUAACCGAACCAUUUACAGAAUGCAUGACAUUUAAUCACUUUUAUGUUCAAGUACCUUUUAACGCAAUUAAAAAUUUAUAGAAUUAUAUUCCAUUAGUGCUACACCAAUAGUAUCAUUGUACAAAGCAUACUCAUAUUGCAUCAUAUCAGAAUUUCAAUAUCUCCUUUGUUUUACACUCAUUGCACUCUAAUUUUCAAGCUCUCACAAACUUGAUGAUGUGGAGAUGCAAUGAAUAAAAAACUCAGUAUGUAUUUUAUACCAGGUUGAUCAAUAAUUUGCAUUACAUUUUUACAGUUCUCUACAAUUUUAAUCUACAAUGGUAAUCAUGAGUGGUAAUCUCAUUCUAG